AACUGCCUGUAAAAAUCGUGAAGCCUUUGCGAGAUAAGAUCGCUCUUGAAAAACAUCGGGGGUUCCUGGAGUGCCAGGUGUCUCGUGCCAACGCCACAGUCAGGUGGUACAAAAAGGACGUUGAAAUCCACCCCAGUGACAAAUACGAAAUAGUGAGCGAUGGUGUCUAUCGGAAACUAAUCAUCAACGACGCGGACUAUCGAGAUGAGGACACAUACACUUGUGAUGCCUUUGAUGACAAAAGCAGCGCUAAUUUCUUUGUUGAAGAGCAAUCCAUUAAUAUUGUAAAGGAGUUGUGUGAUGAGGAUGUGACUGAGCCGGAGGAAGCCAGGUUUGAAUGUGAGAUAUCCAUUCCAUCUGUGAAACCCCCCAAGUGGUCUCUACGUGGAGAAGUCUUGCAAGCUGGCAGAAACAUUAUCAUGCAUCAAGAAGGCACCAUCCACCGUCUGACACUGCUGAAAACCAGCGCUGACAUGACAGGCAUCAUUCAGUUCUCCAUUGGGAAAUCAAAAUCCACAGCAAACCUGCUUGUCAGAGAUUACCACAUACAGAUCACCAGGAAGAUGGAGGACAAGACAGCUCUGGAGCGCCAUUCAGUCAUCCUGUCCUGCGACUUCAGGCCUUCUCCAAAGGUUGUGAAGUGGUUCAAGGACCACGCACCCAUUGAGCCCUCUGAGAAGUACAAAAUCAAGCGGGAGCAGCAUUCGGCAGAGCUCAAGAUUUUGAAGGUGAAGCCCGAAGAUGCUGGCGUAUAUAAGUGCAAGGCUGGAAACGCGGAGACCGAAGCCACGUUGACUGUGGAAGCCCGCAAUGUGGAAGUACUCAAGCACCUGCAGGACGUGGAAAUUGAAGAAGAGAGUUCCGCUGUCUUCUCCUGCGAGCUGUCCCACGAUGACGAGGAUGUGGAAUGGUUCCUCAAUGGCACCCUCCUUUACACCAACAAUUUCAAUGACAUCAGGAACGUUGGCAAUUGCUACGCGCUGAUGAUGAAGCAAGUCAGGCCUGAGGAUGCUGGCACAGUGACAAUGAAGUCGGACAAAGUGUCAGAGAGCGUGCGUCUGAAGGUGAUAGAGAAGCCUGCUGUCUUCAUGAAAUCCUUGGACGAUGUUUUUGGUGAGGAGCGAGGUGUGAUUAAACUGGAAUGUGAAGUCUCCAAAGAGAAGGUCAAACCUGUUUGGAAAAAAGAUGGUGUGAAGCUCACUGCUGGUAAUAAGUAUGAGCAGACACAGUCUGGGAAGACCCUGUGCCUCCUUAUCCAUGACCUCGAAAAGACAGAUGCAGGUUUAUACACAUGUGAUAUUGGCACUGAUGUUGCCAAGUCAAAGGUCAGCAUUCAGGAACUGAACAUUGGCAUCACCAAACGGCUGAAGAACACUGAAAUCCAGGAGGGAGAAGAUUGCGCUUUUGAGUGUAUUUUGUCCCAUGAAAGCAUCGACGACUUCAACUGGACGCUCAACGGGAGCAAAGUGGAAAGUGGUGGGCGAUUUAAAGCCUCGAACAUGGGGCGGAAAUACACGCUGAAUAUCAAAAGCGUGAUUCUUGAUGAUGCUGGGGAAGUCAUUUUCACUGCCCGUGGUCUAACCUCCAAGGCUUCUCUGGUUGUGAAAGAAAAACCUACUGAGGUUACAAAACAGCUGGAGGAUAAAACAUCAGCAGUGGGUGAGGACAUCAGCCUGAGCUGCGAAUUGUCAAAACCCAAUGUGAGCAUCAGGUGGUACAAGGAUGGCAAAGCCAUCCGAAAAAGCCAGAAAUAUGACUUGCACCAAGAGGGGACACGUGCCAUUCUGAUCAUCCAUAACUCCACGGUCAAGGACAGUGGGGAAUACACCUGCGAGACAGAGGCGUCUCAAACAAAAGCCAGGAUCACGGUGCAAGAAAAACCUAAUUAUUUUGUCAAGGAACUUUCAGAUCUGAAAGUUGAUGAAAGUGGAACUGCAGUUUUUAUGUGCCAGAGUGAGAAAGCUGCAUCCUCCGUGGUGUGGAGGAAAGGCAUGGCUGAACUCAGGCCUAGCAGGAAAUACGGGAUCACACAGAAAGGACAAGUCCUGCAGCUGACCAUAAAUAACUUGGAGAAAAGUGACAGUGACACUUAUACCUGCGACAUCGGUGAUGCUCAGUCCAGAGCCAAGCUAGUCGUGCAAGGCCAGAAAGUGCUAAUAACAGAAGACUUGGAAGAUGUCACUGUGUUAGAAGGAGAAUCUGCCAUGUUCAAGUGCAGAAUCUCUCCUGUAGACUAUAGCAGAGUGCAGUGGUUUUUGGAUAAAACCCCACUCCAUACCAAUGAACUUAAUGAGAUCCAGUCUCAGCCUGGUGGAUAUCACUUGCUAAUGUUGAAAAAACUCUCACUGAAGGACUCGGGGGUCAUUACAUUUGAAGCUGGUGAUAAGAAAACUUCUGCCAGUUUGGUUGUUAAAGAGAAGCCCUGCAUCUUCAGAAAGGAGCUGGUUGACACUGAACUCACUGAGGGAGAGGAUGUGGUCCUUCACUGUGAAACCUCCAAAUCAGACAGCCCUGUAACGUGGUGCAAAGACGGGAAGAGCCUUAGGAAUUCUUCCAAGUAUAACAUCAGCCGGUCGGGAUUUGAAGCCAAGCUUGUCAUUCACAGGGCAGAAGAAAGAGACAGUGGCAGAUAUGAGUGUGAGGCUGGAGCAGCUAAAAGUAGUGCGGUUAUUACUGUCAAGGCCGUCUCGGCCCUCAUCAAAGAAGAGCUGAAGAGGGUGGAAGCCAUGGAAGGUGGAACUGCCACCCUGCGAUGCCAGCUGAGCAGAGAGGCCCCCGUGGAGUGGAGAAAGGGGCACACUCUCCUCCGGCCGAGUAACAAGUACAGAAUGAGGCAGGAGGGCACGGUGGCUGAGCUGCUGAUCCACGAUCUGGACCCAAAGGAUGCUGGAGACUAUACGUGUGUCGUGGGGAACCAAAAAACCACAGCAGCCUUAUCAGUGAAUGCCCUGCCAAUCCGUUUCAAAAAAGAGCUGAAGAACGAAGAAGCCACCGAGAGCGGGACGGCCACGCUGCAGUGCGAGCUGAGCCAGGCGGUGGGCUCGGUCGAGUGGAGGAAGGACGGGAAGGUGCUGAUGCCAAACAGCAAAUACAAAAUGAGACGGGAAGGGCGUUUUGCCGAGCUGGUAAUCCAAGACCUAGACUUGACGGAUGCUGGGAGUUAUACCUGUGUGUGUGGAGACCAGAAGACAACAGCUGCUUUGAGAGUGAAUGCCUUGCCUGUCCUCUUCCAAGAAGAAAUGAUGAACAAGGAAGCUACAGAGGGGGAGGCAGUUACUUUGCACUGUAAACUGAGCAAAUCAGCCCCGGUGGAGUGGAGAAAGGGGAAUAUGGUCCUCAAGCCAAGUGAAAAAUACAAAAUACAGCAGGAAGGUCCCUUUGCGGAGCUGAUGAUCCAGAAUUUGGAUUUGGCAGAUGCUGGUGAUUACAGCUGUGUGUGUGGAGACCAACAGACUACGGCUGCUUUGACAGUAAAUGUCCUGCCCGCUCUUUUCACCAAAGAGCUGACAGAUGAAGAAGCCACAGAAGGUAGAAGCGUCGCUCUGCGCUGCGAGCUGAACAAGGCUGCGGCUAACGUGGAGUGGAAGAAAGGCUUCAAGACCCUCAAGUCAAGUGACAAGUAUAAAAUGAAACGCGAAGGUGUUGUUGCUGAGCUUAUAAUCCAAAAUCUGGACACGGCGGACGCUGGGAAUUAUACCUGUGUGUGCGGAGACAAGCAGACUAUGGCAGUUUUAACAGUACAUGCUUUGCCUGCAUUUUUCAAAGAAGGAUUGAAGAACAGAGAAGCUACAGAUGGUGCAACAGCCACUCUGCACUGCGAGCUGAGCAAGGUCGGUGUCCCGGUGGAGUGGAAAAAAGGUGACAAGACACUCAAACCGAGUGAUAAGUAUAGGAUGAGGCAAGAAGAUACCGCUGCAGAGCUGUUGAUCCGAGAUCUGGAGGUAGAAGAUACAGGAGAAUAUACCUGUGUGUGUGGAGAUCAGAAGACUUCAGCUGUCUUGACAGUCCAUGCUUUGCCUGCACUGUUCAAAAAAGAACUUGUCAGUACGGAAGCCACAGAAACCGGGAUGGCUGUUCUGCAGUGUGAGCUAACUAAACCCACUCCAGUAGAGUGGCGGAAAGGGCAGAAGUCGCUCAAGCCUAGUGAGAAGUACAAAAUGAGACUGAAGGAUACCAUUGCUGAGCUGACAAUCCAUAGCCUGGAGGAACAAGAUGCGGGAGAUUACACAUGCGUGUGUGGAGACAAGAUGACUACUGCCUCCCUGACCGUGCAUGCCCUUCCUCCACGUUUUAAAAAGGAGUUGAAGAACGUGGAAGCCACAGAAAAAGGCACAGCCACUUUUUGCUGCGAACUGAACAAGCCCGCGGCCGCUGCGGCGUGGAGGAAAGGAGACCGAGCCCUGGAGCCCAGUGACAAGUUCAGCAUGAGAUGCGAGGGCACGGUUGCCGAGCUGGUGAUCCGUGAUUUAGAUCUGACAGAUGCGGGAGAUUACACGUGCUCUUACGGAGAUCAGACAACCACCGCUGCACUAAAAGUGAAUGCCUUGCCUGCACGCUUCAAGAAAGAGAUGAAGAAUGAAGAAGCCACGGAAGGUGGGACAGCCACGCUACAGUGCGAGCUGUCUCGGGCUGCCUCUGUGGAGUGGAAAAAGAAACACAAAGUGCUCAAAUCGAGUGAAAAAUACACUAUGAGACAGGAAGGUACUAGAGCACAACUGCUGAUCCAUGCUUUGGAAGUCAAGGAUGCCGGGGAGUACAGCUGUGUGUGUGGAGAGGAGAAGACUACUGCAGCACUGACAGUGCAUGCCCUUCCUUCUCUCUUCAAAGAAGAGUUAAGAAAUGAGGAAGCCAUGGAGGGUGAAGUAGCCACUCUGCGCUGCGAGCUGACCAAGACCGCUUCAGUGGAGUGGAAAAAAGGACACACAGUACUCAAACCUAGCGAGAAAUACAAAAUGAGGCAGAAGGAUGCCGCUGCAGAACUGGUGAUCCACAAUCUAAAUGAGAGUGAUGCUGGUGAUUAUACCUGCGUGUGUGGGGAUAAGCAGUCCACGGCUUCCUUAGCCGUACACGCGCUGCCUGCACGCAUCCAGGAAAGCCUGAAGGACGAGGAGGUAACAGAAGGUCAAGCAGCCACUCUGCGCUGUGAGCUGACUAAGGUUGCCCAAGUAGAGUGGAGAAAGGGACACAGCUUGCUCAAAGUCAGCGACAAAUACAAAAUGAGACAGGAAGGCACGGUCAUGAAGCUGCUUAUCCAUGACGUAGAACUGAAGGAUGCUGGAGAAUACACUUGUGUGUGUGGAGAACAGGAGACAACAGCCACCUUGAGAGUGCAUGCCCUGCCUGCGCUUUUCAAAGAAGAACUGAAGGACCUGCAAGCCACGGAAAGCCAAACAGUCACUCUGCGCUGUGAGCUGACCAAGGCUGCGGCUGUGUCAUGGAAGAAAGGAAACAAAAUGCUCAGGGCUAGUGAAAAAUACGUCAUGCGGCAGGAUAAUGCCCUUGCUGAGCUGGAAAUUUGUGAUCUAGACCUGCAGGAUGCGGGGGAUUACACCUGUGUGUGUGGAGACCAGCACACCACAGCUUCUCUGACAGUGAACGCCCUGCCGGUGCGUUUCAAGGAAGAACUGAAGAAUGAAGAAGCCCUAGAAGGAACGUCAGUCUCUCUGCGUUGUGAAUUAACCAAAGCAGCUCCAGUGCAGUGGAAAGUAGGGUCCAAAGUGCUCAAAACAAGUGACAAAUAUCAAAUGAGACAGCCUGGCACCACUGCAGAGCUGGUCAUUCAUGACCUAGAAGUAGAAGAUGCUGGAGAUUACACGUGUGUUUGUGGUGACCAGAAGACAACAGCAACCUUAACAGUUCAUGCUCUGCCACCGCUCUUUAAGGAAGAGCUAAAGAACAAGGAAGCAGAAGAAGGUGGAGAAGUCGCCCUGCACUGUGAGCUCACCAAGGCUGCUCCGGUGGAGUGGCGGAAGGACCAGAGGAUUCUCAAAGCCAGUGAGAAAUACAAAAUGAGGCAGGAAGGGACCAAGGCAGAGCUGGUGAUUUGUGAAAUAACUGAGGAGGAUGCAGGAGACUACACCUGUGUGUGUAGAGAGCACCAGACUACAGCUGUCUUAACAGUACAGGCUGUGCCUCCAUUUUUCCAAGAAGAAAUGACCAGCAAGGAAGCAGUAGAAGGUGGAACGGCCACUUUGCACUGUGAGCUCAGCAAGGCAUCUGCCCGUGUUCAGUGGAAGAAGGGCCAUCGUGUCCUCACCUCGGACAAGAAGUACAGCAUGAGGCAGGAAGGCUGUGCUGUGGAGCUGGAAGUUCAUGGGUUGGACUUGAAUGAUACUGGAGAUUACACCUGUGUGUGUGGAGACAAGACCACCACAGCUACCUUAACAGUGCAUGCACUGCCUCCAGAAUUCAAAAAAGUCCUGAAGGACCUAGAAGCUGUAGAAGGUGGGACAGCUUCUCUGCUCUGCGAGCUGACUAAACCCGCUGCGGUGGAGUGGAAGAAAGGGCAGGAGGUGCUCCAAGCCAGCAGCAAGUACAAAAUGAGUCAAGAUGGUGCUGUUGCAAAGCUGAUUAUCCAUGAGCUGGGUGUGGAGGACACUGGAGAUUACACCUGUGUGUGUGGAGAUCAGCAGACAACUGCCACUUUGACAGUCAAUGCCCUACCAGCACUUUUUAAACAAGAACUUCAGAACACCGAGGCAGAAGAAGGUGGUAUAGCCACACUGAGGUGUGAGCUUACCAAACCCAAGGCUCCAGUAGAGUGGAGAAAAGGAGAUACUACUCUCUACCCUGGCUUGAAAUACGAGAUGAAGCAGCAGGGCUCCACCGCUGAAUUGAUCAUUUAUGACCUAGAACUGGACGAUGCAGGAAAGUACACCUGCGACUCUGGACAUCAGCAAACAACGGCUGUGGUAACCGUACAUGCACUGCCUGUCACAUUUAAGCAACCCCUUCAAAAUAAGGAAUCAGAGGAAGGAAGUACAGCCACAUUCUGCUGUGAGCUGUCAAAACCCAAUGCUGCAGUGGAAUGGAGGAAAGGAGGAGUGGGGCUGCAGCCCAGCGAGAAGUAUGAAAUGAGGCAGAGGGAAUGCUGGGUAGAGCUCUUAAUACAUAAUCUCAAAUUAGAAGAUACAGGAGAAUACAGCUGUGAUACUGGGGCUCAGGAAACCAAGGCGUCUUUAAAUGUGAAAGCUCUGCCAGUUCUUUUCAAAAAGGAGCUUAAGGACAAGGAGGCAGAGGAAGGAGCUGCGGUGAAAUUCCAGUGUGAGCUGACAAAGGAUAAUGCAACAGUGGAGUGGAGGAAAGGCACGAUGGAGAUCUUCCCGUGUGCCAAAUAUGAAAUUAAAUUAAGUGGUCGCAGAGCUGAACUCGUGAUUCAUAAUGUAGAACCCGAAGAUGCCUCUGAUUACACAUGUGAUACAGGAGACGAGCGGAGCACAGCAGUCCUCAGAGUGAAUGUCAUCAAACCCCAGCUGAAGCAGCAGCUGAAGGAUGAAGAAGUGGAAGUGGGAGGAACAGCCAGGCUGCGCUGUGAGAUUUCCAUUAGCAAAGCAGAAGUGGAGUGGAGGAAAGGUGGAGUCGUCCUUCACGCGAGUUCCAAGUACGAAAUGUGGCAGGACGGCACCCUCCGCGAGCUGCGUGUUCAUCGCUUGGAGCCUAGCGAUGCUGGAGAGUAUUCCUGCAAGGCUGGAGAUGAGACAAGCUCUGCAAAACUGACCGUCAAAGAGCCCGACGUGAGCAUCGUGAGCGGCCUAAAGGAUAUGGUGGUGUUUGAAGGGGACGAUGUCACGUUUCGGUGCCAGGUUUCUCAUGAAAACGCAAGGGAUGUGGAAUGGAAGCUACAGGAUGUCGCUCUGCAAAACAAUGAAAUGAAUGAGAUCUCAGUGGAAAAAGGAAAGAUCCACACCCUGACGUUACGGAAGGUGACUGAGCAGGACAUCGGCACCAUCACGUUCCGAGUGGGACCCCACACGUCGACAGCAGAGCUCACAGUAAAAG